AUGGUGUUGAACGAUGCAAUGCUCUCUUCUGUUUCCUUGAAAACUGAAGACAAAGCCAAAGGCUUGGAAAAAGGUUGCGCUAAACGUCAUCGUAAAGUGUUGCGUGAUAACACCCAAGGUAUCACCAAGCCUGCAAACAGACGUUUGGCUCGUCGUGGCGGUGUAAAACGUAUCUCUGGAUGGAUUUACGAAGAAACACGUGUUGUCCUGAAGGUGUUGUUGGAAAACGUUAUUCGUGAUGCUUUCACCUACACUGAACACCCUAAGCGUAAAACCGUCACCGCUAUGGAUGGUCUAUGGUUUGAAGUCUAUGCUUUGAAGAGACAAGGCCGCACUUUGUACGGUUUCGGCGGUUAA